GCCCACAAAAAAGGAAGAGGUAGAGAACCAAAAAAAAAAAAAAAAGCCCUCUCUGAAAAAGAUCUUACGUGGCACUCUCGCCGGCCGACGAUCGGUGGCGACGAUCGGUCUCCGGUGAAUGGAAGCUCCGGCGAUCUCCUCCUCCUCCUCCUCUCCUUCCACACGAAAUGUCCGUAUCUCUGAUCAUCCCCGGCACGUCUUCCACGACAAGUCCCUAUGCUAAGCCAAAGCAACCGCUCUCUCUCUCUCUCUCUCUCUCUCUCUCUCUCUCACAAGUUAUUCGAUCCUUCAAAGUGAAAUUCAUUCUCGGAUUAGAGUUGAAGGUAACGAUUAACUGCUGAUCGACCCUAAUUUGGCCAGUGCGUAGAUUCUUUCUGUGAAAUGUGCGGGAAUUUCUUCUCGAGGAUCGCCGAUUUUGUGAAUUUCUGAUCGGCUUUGCGAUUUUUGGGCUUGUUAUGUUCUUCUCUCUCGAAUUUGUGUGAAUAACUUUUUGGAGUUGGAGAGGCGAAUUUCUUUGUACAUGCAAAGAACCAGAGCCAUCCGCGUUUUUGAGACUCGAGUGUUCUCACUGUUUGGAUUCGAAUCGCGACCUUCGGGCUCUCUGGAAAUGGAGGACUGUUGACGAGAGAGUGGGACUGGACUUUGAAGCUUGUACGGUAGAAGAGGGAGUCAGCGACGAGACAAUCCAUCCGUCGCCGCCGGAGCCAUGCCGCCGAAGAUCCAACCGAUCGACAUCGAUUCUCAAGUUCAUUACCAUCGCGAGCCUGUCCGGGCCGAUGCGGGGAAGCCGGUCCUGAAGUCGCGUCUUAGGAGGCUGUUCGACCGGCAGUUCCCGGGCGUCCUGAGGAUCUCGUCGUCGGAGAAGGCGGCCGGCGGCGAAGCUCCUCCUCAGUACGGCAAGGAUGGAGGAGGCGGGGGUGGAGCGGCUGAGUUCGAGCCGAGCUCGUUCUGCUUGGCGAAGAUGGUUCAGAACUUCAUCGAGGAGAGCAACGAGAAGCAGUCGGUGGCCAAGUGCGGCCGCAACCGCUGCAAUUGCUUCAACGGCAACAACAACGACAGCUCCGACGACGAAUUGGACAUCUUCGACGGCUUCGCCGAGUCGGCGACCAACGGAUCGUCAGCCGACGCCUCGGAUGCUCUCAAGGGAUUGAUUCCGUGCACCAGUGUUUCAGAGAGAAACCUCUUGGCGGACACUGCGAAGAUCGUGGAGAAGAACAAGAACCUGAAGCGCAAGGACGAUCUGAGGAAGAUCGUCGUCGAGAAUUUGACAUCCCUAGGCUACGAUUCCUCCAUCUGCAAAUCCAAAUGGGAUAAAACCUCGUCUUUCCCCGCCGGCGAGUAUGAGUACAUCGAUGUGAUCAUCGAAGGGGAGAGGCUGCUGAUCGACACCGACUUCAGAUCGGAGUUCGAGAUAGCUCGAUCGACCGGGGCCUACAAAGCGAUCCUCCAGUCGCUGCCGUACAUCUUUGUGGGCAAGGCGGAGCGUCUCGGCCAGAUCGUCGCGAUCGUGUCGGAGGCGGCGAUGCAGAGCCUGAAGAAGAAAGGCAUGCACGUCGCUCCGUGGCGGAAGGCCGAGUACAUGCUGGCCAGGUGGCUGAGCCCGCACACAAGAGCCGCCUCCAAGGGCGACGCCGAGGCCGAGGCCGGCGUCCCCGAUCCGGAGAAGACAGGAGGCGAGGAGGAGGAGAGCGAGCACGGCGAGUUCGAGUUGAUAUUCGGGGUGGAGGAGUCCGCACCGCCGGGGGAGAGGUGGGAGGCGUCGUCGGGGGUUGGUGCUGCGACGGGAGAGUGGCGGCCGCCGGCGGUGAAGCCGAAGAGCGUGGAGAUGGGAGGAGCCAAGGUGGUCACCGGACUGGCUUCCCUUCUCAAGGAGAAACCCUAACCAAUUUUGGGAAUUUUCAUUUUAUAUUUUUUUUAACCCUCA